AUGACUGGACGAGUGGCAUUCGUGACUGGAGCCAAUGGCAUUAGCGGAAACGCCAUCAUAGAGGAACUCAUCCGUUCAAAGAAGGAGGAAUGGUCCAAAAUCGUGGUCACGUCCAGGAAGCCCCUUUUGUACUGUUGGCAAGAUCCUCGUAUCGAGUUUGUUGCCGUGGACUUCUUGAAGCCACUGGACAGCAUUAUCAAGAAGCUCAGUCCAGUCUGCAAAGACGUCACGCAUGCGUACUUCACGUCGUACGUCCACGUCGCCAGCUUCAACAGCCUUCGUGAUGAAAAUGUGCCACUCUUUGAGAAUUUUCUGCAAGCGAUAGAUAAUGUGGCACCCAAAUUGCAGCGGGUAUGCCUUCAAACGGGUAAUAAGCAUUAUGGAGUUCACUUGGGCCCGGUCCCACUUCCGGUCAACGAGUCUCUUGGGCGGUUGGACAAGUCCGGCACAAACUUCUAUUACGAGCAAGAAGACAUCCUAUUUGAGCUCGCGGCAAAGCGACCAUGGUCCUACAAUAUCGUGCGACCUCAUGCCAUUGUGGGCUACGCUCCUGGAGCAAAUGGCAUGUCUCAAGCGACCACUGCCGCCAUCUACUUUCUGAUCUGCCGGGAACUGGGCGAAGAGCCCAAGUUCCCAGGAAACAAGAUAAUCUACAACUCCCUGGAUGACAGCUCUUCUGCAACCAGCCUGGCGGAUCUGACAUUAUUCGUCACGACGGAGGAGCGAGCCAAGAACGAAGACUUCGUACACACCAACGGCGAUGUCUAUAUGUGGCGUUAUUUCUGGCCGUUUCUCGCCUCGUAUUUUGGUCUAGAGGUCCCAACCACACAGUUCAGCACAGCUAAGGCCGCUACGGAGACCUAUGAAAAUGAAGUCCUUCUGGUCGAAUGGGCCAAGGACAAGAGGCCUGUCUGGGACAGAAUAUGUGCUAAGUAUGGCGGUAAGCCAGAGGCUUUCGACUGGGGCACAUGGCAGUUCUUUGAGUGGUCCUUGGGUAAGAGGUGGCCCACGAUUGCGAGCAAUGCCAAAGCGCACUGGGUUCUUCCUCUCGUGAAACCGGUGGCACAGGUACAGUUCACAUCACACGAGAACCUUCGCUUACAUCUACUAAGCCCCAGGUGA